AUGAUCCUGAUAGCUGAGAUGCAAUGGGGAGAGAACAUUUCAAAACAUAUUUUGUAUUUAGCCGUGUUGGCAUUUAUAAGUGUCCCUGUCGUGUUUGGAAAUAUGUUGGUUAUACUUGCAGUUUACCAGAAUCACAGUUUACGAACAAUUCCAAACUAUUUUCUUGUCAGUUUAGCGUUUGCUGAUUUGAUGAUUGGAUGUACAUCAACUCCAUUGUGUGCGUUGAUAUAUGGAAUUGGCUUAGUGACUAACAAGUGGGCAUGUAUUGUCGUAUGCAUAUUAGCAAGCAAUCCGUUAGGCGUAUCACUGAUGCAUCUACUUGUAAUCGGAAUUGACAGAUACAUCGCCAUUCUGCACCCACUUCACUACCAUCAAUGGGUCACUGUGCCCAGAGUCAAGAUUGCCAUUGCAAUAUUAUGGACCUAUUCUGUGUUAACCCUAGUUCCAUUCUUUCUUUUGAAUGACAAUCCUGCUAAAAGUUGCCAUGAACGAAUUAUACCACUUAUACGUGGAUCUGGAAUGUAUAUAUCUUUAAUAUCUUUCGCUGUUCAGUUCAUAAUAAUGGUUACUAUGUAUGUGAGAAUAUUUUCAACUGCAAGGCACCAUUUGAGAAGAAUAUAUCCAAAUUCAGAAGAAACACAGCAACAACUUUCUAUUAAAAAAGAGAUAAAAGCAGCUAUAAUGCCAUGCAUCGUGCUUGGUGUUUUAUUUAUCUGUUGGGUUCCACACAUUGUUGCCUCAUGCUUAACUAAAUAUGAGUUGUGUUUGACCCCUUCACGUUUUGUUGCAUAUGUUUUCAUUCUAAUUAAUUCCGGAUCUAAUCCGUUCAUUUAUGCGCGACACAAUACGGAGUUUCGUCAAGCUUACAGAAAAAUCUUUCUUAAAAUGAAAGCAAAAUUAUGUAAAUAA